GGCCGACCUUAGAAAAGGGCUUCCCAAGACGCAGCUCGCUUUUCCCCUGCGUCGCGAAGCGGACGGAAAAUACUGUGGUGCGGGAAACCUUUUACGCUUGUGACAACGGCAGCGCCCAUGACGCGAUUUGCGCAAACGCCUCCGCCGCACGAAGACUCUAUGGAAGAGACUGCCCCCAGCGCCGCCCAUCUGGGCCGAGCCGACUACUUUGCGGUGGAGACCCUCCUGGCCAUGAGCAGGCACGGCAAGGACAGUGUUGUCCGACCGCUGCCUGGCAUGGACCUCACACCCCCAAACUCGGAGGACGAGCAGGAGGAGGCGUCUCCGGGCAAGGGCGGCUGCAGCAGGUCCUCGGAACUCGCACGGCUGCUGCUGGCAGACAGUCGUCCGACUCCUGCGGCCCCGCAGACUUGCACCCCGGUGUCGGUGAUCGUCCGAGCACCCCCCAAGAGCCGCCCCCCGGUUGCCGGGACCCCCCCGCCGCCUCCUCCGCCCCCCAGGCCGGAACCCCUCCGCCCCGUGGUGGCCAUUGCGCCUAAGCCCGCCCUCUCGAUCCUUCCAACCAUGGUGCGCGCCGAAGAGACGCUGGUCCAGACCCUGGUGCCCAUGGGUGCCGUCAGGCUCUUGGUGGCGCGCCCCGUCCCGACGACUCUCUUCAUCAACGCGCCGGCAAACAACGCCCCGUCGACGCCGGAAGAACGCCGGCGCUCCUAUGUCUGCGGCUACGCGGGCUGCGGCAAGACCUACUUUAAGAGCUCGCACCUCAAGGCCCACGUGCGGACGCACACGGGGGAGCGCCCCUUCGCCUGCCAGUGGGCCGGCUGCGAGCGGUGCUUCUCGCGCUCGGACGAACUUUCGCGCCACAGACGGACCCACACCGGCGAGAAGCGCUUCUGCUGCACGCUGUGCGACCGGCGCUUCAUGCGCAGCGACCACCUCGCCAAGCACGUCAAGCGCCACGGGAGUAGCCGGCGCGUUGCGUUGUGGCCGCCCCGUGCCGCCCCUGCGACCUAGGGGCGGCCCGCGGUGACCGGCCAAACAUGGAGAUUGGAUUCUCCGGACCUUUGGUGUCGAUGCGCUGGCGUCGAACUGCCUUGACAUGGCUUUCGCGGGACGGACGAGUUCUGCAGGCAAACGGUGCAGGUCGCCGGUCGGACCACCGGGAGGUGGUCCUCUCUGCGCCGGGCAGGGCGAAACAAGACCGCGCCUGUCCCCAGAGCUGGUUGGGAUGCGGACGGCGGCGGACCGCGUGCCGCGACGAGUGCGGAUGAAUAGGGAAGCCACCGUUUCGUAUUGCCUAUUUAUGAAUAAAUGCGCACAAAGCAGAAUCCACA